UGUUUUCGCAUCAGAUCUGUCACUCGCUAUGGCUGGCCGAAAGGCAUUGAAAGUUUACCUGGACCUCCUAUCGCAACCAUGCAGAGCCGUACUUAUAUUCCUCAAAAUCAACAAAUUACCGCACGCGGUCGAAUACGUUGCGUUACGAAAAGGCGAGCAGAGGAGCCCUGAGUUUACCAAACUCAACCCAAUGCAGAAAGUGCCUGUGAUGGAUGACAAUGGAUUUGUGCUCACUGAGAGUGAUGCUAUAUUGAAGUAUCUGGCAACAACUUACAAUGUUCCCGAUCACUGGUACCCCAAACAUCCAGAGAGGAGAGCCAGAGUGGACGAAUACACCGCCUGGCAUCACAUGAACACACGCUUGCAUGCUGCCAAAGUCUUCAUUUUUGAGGUGUUAUUGCCACGCGUGACGGGACAGCCCACAGAUGCCGGGAAGGUUGAUAAGGCGCUGGCAGAACUAGAGGGAACACUAGACAAGCUGGAGAACAUGUUUCUGAAGAGACAAGCUUUCCUUUGUGGCGAUGACAUCUCAUUGGCUGAUUUGUUAGCUAUUUGUGAGCUCAUGCAGCCUCUGGGCGGCGGAAGGGACAUUUUAAAGGACAGACCCAAACUUCUGACCUGGAAGAGUCGUGUGCAGUCGGCGCUGUCUGAUUCUUUUGAUGACGCUCACAGCGUUCUCUACCGGUUAAGGGACAAAGCCAAACUGUGAAGCCUUCGUCUCCGUGUUAACAAUAAUUUAGUCUCUACAAAGAGAACAUUUCAUUAAUAUCGUUAAUUUAACAAAUGGCCAGUGCGUCUGCAACUUACCUCAUGGGUUAAAAAAAGGAUUUCUGUAUCUUCCAUUCAACAUGGAUAUGCAGUUAAAGUUUCUCAUUUGCCCAAUAUGAUGAUGUUGAAGUAGGUGGUUUGAAGUGAAACAUACGGUUCAAGAAACAUUUUUGUGCCUGUAUAAAUUGUAACUAGUAUUCACUGUCCAGUACACUAAACAAUACCAAUUUUUUUCUGACAGAAAUAUCCUAUAUUUGCACAUGUUGGCUAAAUAAAUAAAUGUAACCGUCAUAAUAAUGUAAUAAACUUUCAACAAAUAUGGACUAGAAAAUGUAAAGACAUUUUAUUGUUGACAAAUACGUAUUUACAGACUUACACAGUGAUAGACAGCGAAUAAAGCUUAGGAAAAAGAGUUAAAAAUAGCCACCAGGAAACAGGAAUAAAAUGUGCGUUAAUAUCAAGCGGCAGGUUUCCUUUUGGAUGAUGGUUCACCUCCUUCUCCUUGUGCCUUACGUUUCUGUGAGGAAAAACGUCAGCUUACAACACUUCAAAAUCAACAGCAAAUAAAACAAAGUCAUUUAAUGAACAGAAGUGUGUGUCGUACCCUGGACGGUUCAGGAAACAUUAGCUGUUUUGCAGUGUCUUUCAUCUCAUCGUCCUAUGAUGGAGGUCAGAACAAUGUUUUUAGGGUGUUGUGGUGUUGCAAAUCGCAUCGAUACAUAGUAUUUAAAACCAGAAGGAUUUACUUAAGACAUUCCGAUUUUUAAUAUAAAGCCAUAGAGACCAUUUCAAAAUUAUUUUCAGUUUUUCUGUAUUUACUAUUUAUAGGUGCUGUAUGCGUUUAGAUAAAAUGAUCAUUUUUGUUUAAUUCUGUGAACUACUAACAAUAUUUCUCCCAAAUUUCAAAUAAAGUAUUGUUUCUUUUUGCA